UUUCGACUGUCGGACCGCACGGUUGACGACGGUUUUUGACGGUCCCUCCCUGCUGCUUACACACGUUACUAUUCGGAAUUCUCGCUCGUCGUAAACGGUUGUGGCUCGCCGCGUAGUGUGAUUCGGCGAAAGUGGAACAUAAAACCAGCAGGAUCUUACAGCAUUUCACAAAUCCUCAAUACAAAUAUAUCUUAUAACAUUUCAAAGACCAAAAAGCAUCGUCGUUCGGCAGCAUUUCCAUUCACCAUCCAUGGGACUUUUCGUGUUAAUUUAUAUGUACACCACACGCCGGGAGUCGUCAAAUGACGGGGGGUGGGAGAGAAACUGCGGAAGCUAUUCGCCUUCAACAACGGCCCUAGUAACAACUGCCUUCAUUAGAAAGGAUGGAGUAGAACACACAGAGCGAGGAGGCGGAACAGUUUUGCCGGAGUAAAUAACAUUAUUAAGCUCUGGGAUUUGCUACGCGACGAAGGAUAAUAAAUCUGCUUGGUGCGUUAAUAGGAACACAAAUGAGAUGUAUAAAAUUUUAUGUUGACAGUAAUCCGUAAACAAUUAUUCUGUUAGGAGGACUGGGAAAUGUGAACGAUUAAGUCGUAAAUUCUUGUACUCGUAGUUAAUUUACAUAAAGCUCUAACAACGUACAAGCCAAAAGCAGAAUGGUACUUAGAUUGUAGCGCAUUAAAGCUCUCAACCAGUGUCAAGUAACUUGGACUUCGUCGUUAGAGAAACGCCAAUCAGUGAAUGAUGCGACAAACUCAUCAUUUGGUGAAAGUGACAAAUAUUCUACUCUAUCUUACGCUGGCCGUCCCGCUGGGGACGUUAGUGGACCACCAACAAAAAGGUGAAAUCGGUGUUGUUCAGGCAAGCAACGCUGAAACUUUUCCGGGAAAAGUCGAACCAAACGGAAUCGGAGCGGCAGCUGGAAGCGAAACAAGCCAUGGAAAAGGAUAUCAUAAAGGUUCACCCCACUGCUCCCGACUGGUAUUCAACUCCAACCGGAUGAAGAACGGUAGCGUUGCGCCCUCCCACUCGAAGUAUUCCGGGCUGUUCCCAUCGGCCAUUUGCUAUCAGUACGAAUUCAUCGGCCAGGGAUUGGAGCGCAUUCAGAUUGUGUUCUCCGAAUUCCGCUUGCCGACAAAGCUGGAGCCUAACGAGUGCGGCGAAACGGAUAUUCUGGUGGUUGUUUCCCAGCGGGACGACCGGAACGAGGUAGUCGAGACGCUCUGCGGGGACACUCUACCGAAGCCGAUCCUGUCCAGCGGGCCGCGGAUGCUGCUGGAGUUUCGCAGCAGCUUCAACAACACCGAGAACAAGGGAUUCACAGCCGAUUUCUUUUUUCUCACUAAUUUCGGAAUUUCCACCGGAUAUCAGCCGGACCCGUCGAAGUGUACCUUUCAUUACUUCAAGAACGUCACUAAUCAGGGCUGGAUUCAAUCGCCUAACUUUCCAGGUGCUUACCCGAGGAACAUCCGGUGCAAUUACUUCUUCUACGGCGAUCCGCACGAUUACGUCCUGGUUCGGUUCACUUAUUUCGACAUCGAGGGAAUCGCUUCCUGCGACGAAAGCACCGCCAGUGACUACGUGGAGUUUUCCAAUUUCCUCACCCGGGACAGGAAGUUCGCGCUCUACUGUGGCCCCCGGCGUGAUCUUAUCGUCCGAUCGGAUGGCCGAUUCUUUCGCGUUACGAUGAUAUCGAACGAUCGGCUCGAUGGAACCGGUUUUCGGGCUCUGUAUGCCUUCGAGAGUAGCAUCUCGGCCGGCAUGAUGGGUGGCCCAUCAGGAGGUGGCGGUGGUGGAAACGUGAUCGGCGUGGUUGGAGCCGCCGGGGUUCCCUACAUGCCCCAGCAGUAUUACACCCAGACAACGACGGGCCGCAGCGUGGUGACAGUUGCCAAGGUCACCGGCGGAGGACGGCAUCCCGCUUCCAGUGCAGGUCGCUUGAGGUCAGACCUUCACUCGAACGUUGACUUACUCGCUGUGCUGUUGCUUGUGGCAUUGAAAACAAUCAAACAGCUAGUCACGUACUCAACCCAUAACCACCACCAUCAUCAUCAGUUGCGCUGUUGGAGGACGAUGAUUUUAUUGCUUUGAACGCUAGGACACUGGCGGUGACGGCGCCCAGUCUCGUCUGCGGUGUGGGCCACGUGAGACGUCUUUUCAAGUCGAAGUGUCAAACAGUCCCACCCAACAGAUUCAACCAAAUCAAAAUAUGAAUAAGUGAUAAUAAGUGAACUGCUAAGCCAGCAGCAGCAGAGAAAAGCGAAAAAGAUUAUGUAAAUUAGAGUUGGUUAUUCUUUUGAUCUCAAUUCACCCUUACCAAAUUGUGAUUACGCAUGAAAAGAAGAUACAUUCUGAAUGUACGUGAGUAUGUAUUGUCUUUCUUUUUGUAUUAAGUAACAUGAAAAGAAUAAAAUAAAAAGUGUUGUGGUAUGGAAUUUUUUCUAAAUGUA